AUGGGACAAACCUAUAAUAUAAUAAUUAUGUGUUGUUCACCACCUGAUAUUCCUGAUGAUCAAAAAUGUGAAAUGCAGAUUGAAGCCUUAAAGAGAACUUUAACACAAUGUUCUUUAAUUGUCUAUUUUCUUGCCAAAGAGGACGGUGGCUCAACAUUACCCCCAGUUUUACUUUCCGCUGAUCGUUCUUCAAAAUUGGGAUGUUUUGAACGUCACGAAUUAAAAUAUCAAAAAAUGUUGAAAAAAGGACGGAGCGAUUCUUUUGGAACUUUUGCUGAUCGAAUAAAGCAAGUAUUAAAUAAUGUGACAAUUGAAGCUAAUGCCCAUGCUAGAGAAAAAUUUCUCAGUGAUUUACGCAAAGUUAGAGAUAUUGAUUCGCAUAGAGAACAAUGCAAAUUUCUUGAAAGAAUGAGGACGAGGCUGGAUAAUCCUGAUGUUCUUUCUGUUGAUACUGUUCAUCAAUUCCUUCUUUGUUUGCGUGAUACACAAGACUAUGAUGGAAUUAUAGGUAUGAUAGAUGAUUUGGAGCGUAUUGACCAGAAACAAAUAACACAUGCACAGGCUGUCCGUUUUCUUUAUGCAUUUGCUUUAAAUAGAAGAAAUAAAAAUGGGGAUCGUGAUAAGGCACUUACAACAGUUGAACAAAUUAUGGACUCUUCUGGUAAUCAAAUGGUCUCGCCUGAUGUAAUUUGUCUGGCUGGCCGUGUCUACAAAGAUAAAUUUAUUUCUAGUGGUUAUGAAGAUAAACAGGCGUUGGAUAAAGCAAUUGAAUGGUAUCGAAAGGCUUUCAAUCUUUCUCCGCUGGAAUAUAGUGGAAUUAAUUUAACAACAAUGCUUCGAGCACGUGGUGAAACCUUUGAGAAUUCUCCAGAGUUGCAACAAAUCGGUCUAGUUUUGAAUAGCCUACUUGGCCGUAAAGGAGCACUUGCUAAUUUGACAGAUUAUUGGGAUGUUGCUACAUUUUUUGAAGUGUCAGUAUUAGCAGAGGAUUACAAUAAGGCCUGCCAGGCAGCUGAGAAAAUGGCUAUGUUGAAGCCCCCUGUUUGGUUUCUCAAAUCUACAAUGGAAAAUAUUAAAUUAAUUAAUCGGUGUACUGCUACAUUGCAACUUUCACCAGUUGAACGUGACAAAAAGACAUUUCUUUUUUGGACAGAAUUUUUUAUGGAAGCAAUAGAUUCUCAAAAACCUCCAAUAAAUCAAUCCAAAAAACGCGAAAAUGUGGAUACAGAUGAUAAUGAGGAAGAGGAUGAUGAUGAAGCAACGGAAGAAGAAUUAGUGUCGACAAGUACUCGUUUCCCUGUUCUUAUUCAGGAAUUGAACAAAACGUUGACUCCAAGCUAUUUGAAUGUUAACCGAGAUAAUGUUUGUUGAUUUUUAUUUUAUUAAAAUAUUGCCAUGAAAGCAUUAAAUCUUGGAACUAGGGUUAAGUAACACAUUUUCUAACGUUUUGGGGAUUUCGGGCAGGCCCGACUUUUUUGGGGAUCUCGGACAAUAUAGGCGAUUGAUUCAAGAGAUUUCCUAAAAAUCGGAAACGGGGAACAAGUGAAAUCAGGGUUGAACGGGAAGUGAUCUGUGCUUG